AUGCAAGCAUAAGCAAAUGUUUAUUAGUUUGAAGCUGAGCCAUAAGUAUCUCACCCAAAAUACCGAGAUUAAGAUAUAUAUGAGGACCUCACUGACCUUCCUGAUGAUGAAUCAAAAAUAAAACCAGAUUAUUAUAUUGAUCGACCUGUAUGUGUAACUUAAUAGUCAAGCCAACUCCGGAAUAUAAGCCUUUACCUAAGGGAAUAGAUGUGGAAACACAGAUUGAAUCUUAUGAACCUGAUUUGUUUGAUUACAUUUUAGAAGUGGAGCCAGUCUUAUAAGUUUUAGUGGGCAAAUCAGUAGAAUAAGCAAGAAUGGAAUUGAUUGAAGAAUUAGAAAGGGAAGAGUUGCGAAUAUAGAAGGCAGCCUUUGAAAAAAAACGAAAUGCUGAAUUAAUGGUAACUUAGAGAAUGGAAGCAGCAUAUGUUAGAAGAAAAGAAGAAAGAGUAUAUAAUUAUAAUGAUAAUUAACUUAGGAAAGAAGAGUUUUGUAACACAAAUUAUAUUAGGAUUAGAUGAAACUGUCAUAAUAAAAAUUCAUAGCAAGAACUCUAUCUAAAAAUGUAGUGAAGGGAGUGAAUUAUAGAAUUCUUAAGGAUCUUGAAAAUUUAGGAUUAUUGAAAAAUGAUUAUUUAUUAGAAUUAAAAGUUCACUCGUUGCCAUGGUUAAUUUAGAGAAUAAAAUAAAAUUGUGAAAGCAAUUAAAAUUGUCUUGAUAAUUUUAAUAAUCUCUUGAAUGAAGUCUAAACACCAAUAACAUAAUAACAUUAAAGUUUUUAUUAGUAAGAAUAAUAAAGAAGAAAAGCCAUAUUAGAUGAGAGAGAAAGAAUUAGAAUUGAAAUAGAAGAGCGUAAAAAGAGAAAAGCAGAAAUUAAAAGAAGAAGAGCAUUAAAAGAAAAAAGAGAGAUAUAAAGAGGGGCAUUUUAUAAUCUAACACUUUCUAAAGCAGAAUCCCUUAAUUAAAUAUUUUAAGCUAAUAUAUAGGAAGGUACAACAGAGAUUGGAUAAAAGGGAGUGGUUUUACAUUUGGAUCUAUUUCUUUUAUUAGCAGAAGGAUUAGAUUUAAUUACUGGAGAUUAAUUGGAUUAAAUAGAUGAAUCAAUUAUUUAAACUAUAUGGAUGGAUAUCUUAAUGAAUAAGUGUAAUACAUUUAAUAUUACAAUAAAUUCUUCCCUUUAACAAAUUAUUUAAGAAGCAUUUGCUAAAAUGGAAGAAGAUUUAUAUAUAUUUGAGAAAAAUUCAAAAUAAGCAACAAUUGAUCAACUUAAAAAUUAAACACCAUUUUGGGCAUCUUAUGUUUCAUAAUAAUAUGUACCUAAUAUUAGAAAGAUCAUAUUAAAUAAAUUAUUAGAUGGUUUUUUUGAUAUAUAUUUUAAAUCUGUAAAUUAUAAAGAACCUAAAGCAAAAACAGAAGUUAAAAUUAAAACAGAAGAAGCUGAUUAAUAAUAAUAAUAAAAUGAUUAACCACCUCCUUAAUAAACUGAAGAUUAAUAAUAAUAAUAAUAACCAGAUUAAAUUGAAUAAUAACCAAUUGAGGAUGAAUAUUAAAAACCUGAGAUUACAUAACAUGAUUUAGAUAUGGUUGAAGCAAAAAAGAAAAUUAAUCUCAUUUUUAAAUAACCACAAAAUUAACUUGAGAAUGUAACUGCAGUAGUCAAUUUACUUGUACCUUGUUUUGUUGAAGAAUAACCUGAGUAAUAGUAAGGUUAAAUCAAUUAAGAUUCAUAAUAAUAGACAAUAGAAUAAUAAUAGACAAUAGAAUAAUAAUAAUAAGAAAUUAAUGAACCUGUUAAACCGGUUGGAAAAUGGGAUUUUGAUCCUAAGACAAUUGAUAUUUAUGAUGGUGAAUAACCAUUGAUUUAAGAAGGGGAAAGAUAAGUUGUGGAUUGCUUAUUUUAAUAUGCAUUCUAAGAAUAGGUAAUUGUGAAUGAUGAAAGGGCAGUUGAAUUUUGUAGAUUUUAAAUUUAUACUUAUUUGAAGGAAAAGUAAUUUAUUCUAUUUAAUUCUAGAUUGGAAUCAUUUUUAAAUAUUCCUGAAUUUUAAAGUCUUUAAUUUAAGAAGCUAAAAUAUUCCAAUCUUAAUGUCCCAAUAUAUGAUUUCGAAUUAUGA